CCGGUCGCAAACACGUCCCGUGUGAUGACACGGGCGGCUGACUAAUGGGUUGAGAAUAAUACAUCUGUGUGUUUUCCGUGCCACCUGAGCAGGCGCUCUCUGGGCUCCUCUAUAUAAGACGGAGCAGAGCAAGGAGGGACCACGAAACAGCUCCUGGGAGCCCUCAAGGAGGACAUAGCCGAGAGAAGAAGUGUGCAGAGAGAAAGAAAGUGCGCAGACAGGACACUCUCCACCUGCCCAGCAGCACCAACCAGCAGGCGACAAGCUCUCCAUAACCAGCAGCCGACAAUCCAGAAAGACGCACCAUGAAAGGCAUCCACUCUUUGGCAGCACUCCUGCUCCUGGUCCUUGUGCAGAGCAGCUGGCAAAUCCCCGAGCAAGACACAGAGGACAACUCCAGCCUCUUGACAGAAGACACGCUUUACAGUGAACCAAUGAAGAGACAUUCAGAGGGCACCUUCUCCAACGACUACAGUAAAUACCUGGAGUCACGGCGAGCGCAGGACUUUGUUCAGUGGCUGAUGAACUCUAAGAGGAGUGGUGGCCCAACAAGACGCCACGCCGACGGCACCUACACCAGCGAUGUCAGCUCCUACCUUCAGGACCAGGCAGCCAAGGAGUUUGUGUCCUGGCUCAAGACAGGCAGGGGCAGGAGAGAGUAACGUUGCUCGGCACAGAGAGAGAAACCACCAGCUCCGGCCUAACAGCCCCAGAGGAGAACACAGAACCCCUGCAUACUCCCCCUGCUCCGGUCCAGAUUUUAUAAGGCCAGUAUUGUCACUGAUCACUCCAAUAAAUUUGCUGAAUCAAAAGCUCUGAA